AUGGCUGAGAUGCAGAACUCCAACCCGACCAUCCUCGACGCGGCUGACCUGCCCACCCGUCUACGCCCUGCGGUCCCGCACAAGCCAGGCUACGGCACGGGCAUCUUUGCGUCGGCUCUGCCCUCGCCUGCCAACCCUGCAGACUUCCUCUGCACCAGCCCCUACGAGUCCUCUGACUCGGAUGAUGACAAUCUACUUGAGGAGCUGAUCGAUGAGCAGGAGAUUUACGGUAAGAUCUCACCCUGCCUUCGUCUAGUGUGGGCGGUCACUCACAAGCCAGCAGAUCUCAUAGGCUCGGUUUCGGACCCCGAGCAUCCCGUCUCGCUGGGAGAGCUGGCUGUUGUCUCGCUGCCCGACAUCAAAAUCACCCCAACCCUCCCAAACGUCCCUGGUUCGCCUCUACAGACCGUCACCGUCCUCAUCACUCCCACCAUCACCCACUGCAGCCUGGCUACCGUCAUCGGUCUUGGGGUGCGGGUUCGACUGGAGCAGUCGCUGCCUCCUCGCUUCCGCCUGGAUGUGCGCAUUAAGGAAGGAACCCACAGCACGGCAGAUGAGGUCAACAAGCAGCUCGCGGAUAAGGAACGGGUCGCUGCCGCGCUGGAGAAUGGAGCGCUGAUGAAGGUUAUUGCCAAGAUGUUGGAAACCUGCAAGUGA